AUGGUGGGCAAAACCUUCAUCGUCGAGCAUCUCGACCCCGAGCUCGGCCCCUGGUCUGAGCUAGAGUACAUCGCCAUCGCCAAAGAAACCCAAGAAACCAACGGCAACUUCCUCCUUUCCAGUCUACCUACUGAAUUCAAAGUCCCCGCAGCAUUGAACAGCAUCCCCGCAUUCAAGCCAGAGCACCGUGGUGUCGAGGAGCUGUACGCGGACAACAAGGCCAAAGUGUGUCUGUUAGAUCCCGCUGCGGUAAAGGAUCUAUCUCCUGAGGACGGGGAGACGUUUGAUGCGUUUUUGUUCGGUGGUAUCUUGGGUGAUGACCCGCCAAGAGAUCGAACCUCGGAGCUGAGGAGGAAGGGAUUUGAAGGGCGAAGAUUGGGGCCAAAGCAGAUGACCACGGAUACGGCUGUACGGGUGACUCGCUUGGUUGUUCAGGAUGGCAUUGCCCUGGAAAAAGUCCCAUAUGUCGACUUUCCAGAGCUAAAAUUCAAUGCCCACGAGAGCACGCAAAUGCCCUUUCGGUAUGUGACGGACAAGGAGGGAAACCCAAUUAUGCCAGAAAGGCAAGACAGUGGUACGCCCCCUACGCAACCCCGGCCAUGGACAUCCUAUGUCCACCAAGAGGAGGACACUGAAAAGGCCUCUCACAAAGCCGCCGUUACACCUCAACACUGUGAACCCCCAUCAAAACAAUCACCAAACAUGCGUCAAGCUCCACGAUAA